CAGUACGAUUUAGGGCACUGGCUGUUUUUCCUGACCUUAGUCUGUAUGCAGGAAAAUUUAAUAUUCACAUUCUGGUAAAUUUUGUCUAUAAAAUUGUAAUUUUUAAGCCAAGUAUUCCAUAGCAUUAAGCCAGAUUAAUUAAGUCCAUUAAUUAUUUCAAUAAUGUUUAGGCAUUUUUUUUAACCCCUCCCUCCUUUUUGACAAAAACUUUCAAACUUUUAUGUAACCCCCUAAUUAAUUAUGUAAAAAAUUGGAUACCCCCCAUAAAAACAUAAACAAAUUAAAAAUAAAUAUAGAUAUUUUUGAAUGGAUGUGAUAUAGAAAUGGGUGAGGGACAACAAAAUUAUUUACAUUUUUUAAACUUCUUAAAUAAAUUUUUAUUUAUAAUAAAUAGAAUAUAUGACUAAAGUCCAUUUUAUAAUUCAUGUUUAUUAAAUAAUUAAUAAGGUCCAAAUAUAUUCUUGUUAGUAAAUAAUGUAAGUUUUUUUCAUCUUCGAAUUAAUCUGGCACAUGUUUCUCUUUGGCAAAAGAGCAAAGCAACUAAUGAAUUUAUAAUUUCCAUAACAUUAUUAUUAUGAAACCUGCCGAUGUCAUCCUUGAGUAGUCUAACCUUUUAAACUAGAAAAAAUGACCUGAUGUUAUCACAAUAAUAAUGGUAGGUCCUUUGCAAUAAUUUCUAACUGCUAUUGCAAAAACUCAUCACUAUGUAUAACUUAAAAAAUGUAAUGAUAUUUACGUUUCUAACAUCAUUUUGAGAUGUAUUUAUCUGAUAUAUAUUAUACGCCUACCGUACUCCCUUUCACGCUCGUAAACUACCUUUUCCCCCUCUAAACAUGACCUUAAAUUACCCAGUCUAAAUUUUCACUAAUUAUAUCACUUUUGUCACUAAAGAAGUUAAUUAAAGGACAUUUACUACGCUAGAGAAAUACUUAAGUUUUACCCCUUUUCAUGCCCUUGAAUUACAACUUUUUUCUCUAAAAAUUUAAAAAAUCUAAUCGUAAGUUUACAACAAAAACUCUAUAUAUGAUAUAAAUAAUUUUAUAUUACAGGAAUUCGAUAUAUAUAUUGAUAUGUUCACCAAAAUUUUAUAGACAUUUUUCUUUUUUUUUUAAAUUAUACAUUAUCAGAAAAUUGUAAAACAAAGAAUUCUUUUAUCUAAAUUGCGCAACCGUUUUUCCCGCCUAUAACAGACUUGAGGUUUUUUUAAAAUAAUUUAAAGGUUAAUCUCAUUAAAAUAUACACCUCUUUACUUUUUGCAAAGUAAAGAGAAAAAUAUAUUUUCAUUUUUAAAAAAAAGGAAAUUAUAUUAACCCAUCUCUAUAUUAGCUAAAUUAAUUUUUUAAGUGUGUAAUAUGAUUGGGUUUUGAUAUUCAUGGAUAUACUUUUAUAUUUGUACCCACGUUUUGUUAACACCAUUGAUUUUCUUAAUUGUUAAGGAUAUGUUUAAUUGUAAAAAGAGAAUGUAACAUCUCUUUUUUCACAAAUGUAAUACCAUAGGAUUUAAAUAUAUUGUCAUCCAUGUGAAAAUGUACACAUCCUAUUUCCUACCUCUGAUGUGUAUGUACCCAAGAAGGUUAAUUAUUUAUCAAAUUCAUUCCCUUAUUUUGAGACCUAUCUUAUGCUGCCAUGGACAACAUCAACAUACACAUAUUUGCGAAAAGAGAAUGCAGCAUCUUUUUUCACAAAUGUCAUACGAUAGGAUUAAAAUAUAUUGUCCUCCACGUAAAAAUGUACACAUCCUAUUUCCUACCUCUGAUAUGAAUGUACCCAAGAAGUUUACAUAUUUAUCAAAUAUACCACGAUCAACGAACUUCUGUUUGCAGACGAUUGUGCCCUCAAUGCUCCAUCAGAAGCCGUCAUGCAACACAGCGUUGAUAUCUUCUCUGAGGCCUGCAAUAACUUUGGCCUCACAAUCAACACAAAGAAGACUGAGGUGAUGUAUCAGCCAGCUCCCAGUAAGCCCUACGUUGAACCCAACAUCAUCAUCAGUGGACAGCGUCUCAACCCGGUGGAUAAAUUUACUUACUUGGGCAGCACCCUCUCUAGAUCUGUCGUCAUGGAUGAUGAAAUGAAUGGCAGACUCACAAAAGCUAGUGCCCUAUUUGGCAGGCUCCGCAGCACUGUUUGGGACAGGAGAGUUAUCAGUCGAGAAACAAAGCUCAAGGUCUAUAGCGCAGCAGUCCUCCCGACACUGCUUUAUGGAUGUGAAACGUGGACAGUCUACCAGCAUCACGCCAAGAAACUGAAUCAUUUUCACACUACCUGCCUCAGGAAACUCCUCGACAUCAGGUGGCAAGACAAAGUCCCCGACACCGAAGUCCUCGCUAGAGCGAACCUACCUAGUAUCUUCACCACUCUGAUGCAGUCUCAGCUCCGUUGGAUGGGACACGUAGCCCGUAUGGCAGACCACCGGCUCCCGAAACAAUUAUUCUUCGGAGAACUCACGAUAGGCAAGCGCUCCAAAGGAGGCCAAAAAAAGUGUUACAAAGACUCACUGAAAGUGGCACUAAAGGCCUUCAACAUAAACCCUACUCAAUGGGUGCAGACAGCCCAGGACAGAGAAAGGUGGAGAGCUGCUGUCAAGAAGGGGGCUAAAUCCCAUGAAGCUAAUAGAAUAACCACAGCUGAAACACGCAGGCUUGUCCGAAAGAGCAACAUUAGGUCAUCGUCUGAAGCAACUAUUCCAUGCCCACGGUGUCAUAGACUAUUCCGAGCAAGGAUCGGUCUAACAACCCCCCUCCCCCCAGCCCCUAACCGGAUGAUUCGAUGGUCCUAGUUGACUUCGACGGACGAACAACAUACAUUCAUACAUAUAUACAUACAUACACAUUUAUAAAAUUCAUUCCUUUAUUUUGUUGUGCUGCCUGGGGCAACGUAACCAACCCCUCCCCCACUCAGAUUUAAAUAAAUUUAGAAAAUCUUCAACCGGAUUGUAGUCCCUUCCAUACUCAAACUAACAUAAUUUGCACUUCAUAUGGUUUGUUCUUUUUGAAUGAGUGGAUUAGUGAAUGCUAUUUGGCUAUGUAGUUGAGCUGUACUGCUUGACAUAGACCAAAUUUUCUUAUUAGAAUUAUAUUUAAAGGUUAGUUUUUAUUACUUUAUAAUAUUAAUAAAAGUAUAUUUUUGGUAUAAAAAAGUCAAAGCUUUUUAACUGUUAAAAUAUACAAAGCAAAAUUGUGUGGUGUUUUAUUGAAAAUUUAAAAAGCAAUCAAUUGUGUUGAUGAAUUUUACUUUAAGAAGGGAAAAUACACUAUCAGUUUUGUCACACGCGGUUAUUAAAUUUAAAGAAACCUAAGAGUUUUGCGAAAUAGGCUAUUCCCGGUAUGUCAUUUGCUUGAUUAUUUAGAACAAAUUAAUUUUUAUUUUAUUUUACAAUAUUAACAAUGCACUUAAAGACGCACUAAAAACUACUGAUGUGUAGGUUUUCCCGAUAAAUGUGAUUAUGAUGUAAUUCUUUGAUCAUGAUUUUUUUUAUUAUUUCAUAACUUUCAAACGCAUAUAAAAUACUUAAAAUAGUACCUUAUUUUAUACUUUAAAUGUAUUUGUAAUUUAUAAUAAUAACACUUAAACUUUUACUAAAAUAAAAGCGGAUUUAAAAUAUUUUUUGCGAAUUUAAAUUUAUUCGAUUUCCGUAAAAUUAUAGAAAAUAACAAUGAUUGUUUUUGGAAUCCAAACAUACUUAAAUCUUUUCUGCUCUUUGGAGUUACGUCAGGAUAGCUCAUUAUUUUAUAUAUGCUUCAAAUAACAGUAUUUUCUCUGUGAGCAAUAAUUUCCAUCACCUCUGCCUGUCUUUUGAAAUUUUUUUUAUGUUGGAGCAGAUGAUAAAUUUUUUUAGGCACAAUAUUGGUGCUGGUCUGACCUUUUGAAAUUUGAAGAAUUUUAUAAACACUAAAAUUCAAUAAAUAUUUUGCAACAAUCUUCUAGGCAAUGAUUUAUUUUUAUAUAUUUAUUUAUAUAUUUAGGCAUUUUUAUAUAGUGCUUACCUUAAAGCUCUAAGCGCUUUACAAUUAUUAAAAACAUAUAUCAAAGAAAGAAUUAUUGUUUAUGUCAUUUUAUUCCCCCCCCCCCAACCUCACCCCAUCAACAAAUGUUAAACAUUUUCCAUCCCCACUCCCCCUAUUUUCUUUACAAUUAUUAAAAACAUAUAUCAAAGAAAGAAUUUUUUUUUAUGUCAUUUUAUUCCCCCCCCCCCCAACCUCACCCCAUCAACAAAUGUUAAACAUUUUCCAUCCCCACUCCCCCUAUUUUGUUGACGUUAUUAAUGGAUCACUCCUUAAAUCUCUGUUACUUUCUGCUAAUUUACAAACAAAUAAUUAAAUAUGCCAUAAAAGUUUAAUAAACAAAUUAUUUUUAGGACCCAAGUGGUAACAAAAUUAAGAUCUUCAAAGGUUUGCAAGGGUUAUCAGGUGUUGUUGAAGGAAGCAUUGAACUGAGUUACCAACCCCAAUUUGGUACAUGGAGUAUUAGUGCAUUUCUUGAGGUAUUUGUUACCAUAGAAUUUUAAAAAAAUGCUUUUAUCAAUUAUCAAUGUCACAGACAAUUUGAUAUGAUAGAGAAAAAGUUACCAAAGGGAGAAUACUCAAUCAAAGUUUACUGCUCAAAUAAAGUAUUGGAAGGGUAUGGUAUGGAAUAGUUUAUCGAGAAAUAGAGACGAUCAAGAGGGAAAAUAGAACAAUAUUUCUUUAUAUAUCUCUUGGAUUAAAUCAGUGAUGGGGUUUCGUCUUUUCAUUUUAAAAUGAUUUAAAUAUAUCUUUAUAUUUUUUCUCUAAAGGACUUCACAGACAGUGCGUUCCAGUCUUUUGAAGUAGCUGAGUGUGGUAAGUGAAAGAUUAGAAUACUAAUGUUUAUGCUACAUUUUAUUCUGCAUGUUUUAUUAUAAAAACAUCAGCUAUGAUGCAUGCCAACAUGUUUUACCAAAUUUCUUUUUGUUUUUCAAAAGAAACCCUUUCUUUCAUUGUUCAAACAGAUUUGCCAAGAUUUGAAGUGAUUGUUGAAUUACCUCCCUAUGGUUUGGUCGAAGACUCAGUCCUGACCGGAAAAGUUAAAGCUAAGUAGGUAGCAUUUGUUAAGGAUGCUGCUUGCACUUGGAAAAUAAACUAUGAAUUUGUAUUAGAUUUGGCCACUUCAUUUCCUCUAAUUUUCUGAGUCUGAGUGUGAAAGCAAUUUUAAAUUAAUGAUCAAAUAUUUAGAGCAGUGAAAUGAACCAAAACUUAAAGAUUGGAUUAUUAGCCAAAUAAAAAUUUAAUAGUGUAAAAUAAAAUACUGCAAUGCCUUGCCAUAGACAUAAUUUUUGCUUAAUGUAGUUCUAAAGAAAUAUAUUUUUAUUUUUUAAACAUUUAUGAAAAUAUUUUUUCAAAUAAUAUUUAAUUUUUGUUAAAAAUGUUUAUUUAUUUUUCAUUGUUGUGAUAGUUUGCUUAGUCAUGUAUGUGGAAAGUUGAAACACAAGCCCAGAAAGUAGAAAACACUGCUAAAGCAUGUUGGAGUGUAGGGUGUGAUAAAGCUUUUAAUUAGAUCAAUGAGAGUUAAACAAUUUGUGUAAAUAUAGGUUAAGCUUUAAUUAAGCCUUCAUCACUACAACAAAAAACACUCAUAUAAUUAUAAACUAAAGAUAUAUAUAUAUAUAUAUAUGUAUAUAGAUAUAUAUAUAGAUAUAUAUUUAUAUAUAUAUAUAUAUAUAUAAAUAAAUAUAUAUAUAUAGACCUAUAUAUAUAGAGAGAGAGAGAGAGAGAUAUAUAGAUAUAUAGAGAUAUAUAUAGAUAUAUAAUAUAUAUUAUAUGUAUUUUAAUAAAAAAUUAGUUCAUAUAACCAUACAAUUAGUCAAACAUAUAUUUUUUAUUUUAAUUUUUUUUUCAAAUGGAUGAAUUUUUCUGCUUGAUAGUGUUAGCCACUCGUGUAAUUAAUUUUACUGCAUAUUAAGAAGUUGUAAAGAAAAUAGACCAUAAUUGUAUUUGCGUAAAAUAUAACAUAAAAGCGUAACACAAAAUAACUAUUUGGAAAUUUAGUCAUGACGUUUUUAAAACUCCCUAGGAAAAUUGAAAGUACAAAUACUCACUGAAGAACUUGCAUAUAAAUCUUUGUAGCAGAUGAUAAUUUUUAGACAUCCUUUCUUUUUUUUGUUUCAUAAACCUGAAAAAUAUUGUAAAUAAAAUUGGCUGUUAUAGACUAUUAUUUUAAACUUUAAGACAUAAAAUAAAGAAUGUGACAAUAUAAAUUUUUAAAUGUAUUUUCCCUCUGUCAUUUCAUUGAUCUUAAAUCUUUCUGUAAAUGCGUCUUUCCCUUAUUUCAUGAACUAAUGAUGUUACAUCAUCUAACUUCUUCCUUGUAUCUCCAUCUUUCAGGUACACAUUUGGUCAGCCUGUUGCAGGUAUGGUGGAACUUCAUGUUGGCCGAAAUGUUCACCUACGCCCAAAUGAAUGUGGAAGAAAUCAGGUCCAAACAACACAGAUUGCAUUUGAGGUGAUCAUUAAUUGAAUAAAGAAGAAUGGUCCUACAAUCAUAAAAGACAUUAAAAUUUAAAAAAAGAUACAGAUUAUUUAACAAUAACAUUUAACAUUUAAAAAAAAUAUUUUGUUCUAUACAGACUUAGUUAAUCACUAAGUAUAAACAGAACUGUUUGGUGUCUUAUAAUUUGAUUAAUAUCAUAAUAACAUAUAAUCCUAUUUGUCAGAUCAGAUUUUUAAUGUUUCUUCAUUUGACAAAAAAGGAGGUUGUAGUCACCUUUAUACAAAGGACUACAAAAAAAAAUGUGUUUUAAAAACAUUAUUUAUAAUAGCUGGAAAAUUUUUAGCAGGACCGAAAGAGAAGAAAUUUCUAAUAAUAAUAAUGAACAUGGCAGAUAAACUUUAUCUCUAAUACAUAUUAUGAAUGGCAAAAAAAAAAAAAAUUUAAUUUGCUUUUCAGAUAAAUGGAGAGAGCUCAUUUACAAUUCCUA